AUGAGCUCUAUCAACGUGAAGAAGUUAAAGGUAAACGAGUUGAAGGACGAGUUGAAGAAGAGGCAGCUAUCGGACAAGGGGCUGAAGGCGGAUCUUAUGGACCGGCUGCAGGCCGCGCUUAAUGAAGAGGCUCUAGCCGGAGGAGCUGAGUCCGGGGAGAACGACCGCCAAGGCGACGGGGCUGUCGGCCUGAAUGACAUGGGCGUGGAGGACUUGGAUGAAGACCUGGUUGAGGAGAGCAUGGAGGCGGACGGAGUGGAGGAUGGAGAUAGUGGCGAAGGGAAAGCAGAGAAUGAAUGCGCCGAUAUCGACGAUGAUAUGGGGGAAGAGGAGGAUGCGGGAGUAGAUAUGGAUAAAUCGGACGAGGAUGAAGAUGCUCUACUGAAAGAUGAUGAUGAUGAGGAGGAGGAGGAGGAGAUGGACAAAUUCGAUGAUGAUGAUGAUGAUGAUGCUGCUGCACUAGGGGCUCUCCCUGGCGAGGGUAAGCGAUGCAAGCCAGCUAAUCGACCCUGCUGCAUGGUGCAGCGGCUAGCGUUCACGUCUUGAAUGACAGUUCAGAAUCAAAGAUAGGUCAACCGGUUAGCCUGCUAAGCUUGCCAGCUAGGUCGGAAUUUCUGCGAGGAUCCAUGUAGCUAGCUACUUGUAGACAAUAAGGUUUUGUACGGUUGCACUUGACAGGUGUAUGUUUUUACGCACUGUUUUUGUGUGCCGGGUUUGCAUUUCUUCAAGCGGCAGACAAAGAUACACUUUCUGGUGUGCAGUUGGUCGUUGGCUAGCUAGCUAGCUAGCUAGCAUUAGCUGCUAAAGUGCGAAACAGUGGCUCCUACUGGCGAGAGAGAACGCAGCAGGCUGACUAUAUUUUCCCGUGAGACGGUUUGUUAUUCCAUAGGUAUAAAUAAGUCUGUGCGCAUAGCCUAGUUUUAUAACGUUGGUUUUAGGAAAUGUGAAAGACAAGUUAUCUAGCUAGCUGCUAGUCGUAUCUAGCUUGGUUUGUUUUUUAACAUUUUAUUAAUACAGUAAAUACUGAGUUAGUAUUUGGUCAAGGCUGGCAUGGCUGUAGAAACUGAAAAUGUGUGGUCCUUCACAAACAUAUCAAUAUCCAUGGGGGGGGGGGGGUACUAACUGGUAUUAAAGGGGGUAUUGUUAUUGCUUUUGAUGGGUCCUUGUUAUUCAUGACUCCAGAUCACCAUAUCUUUAAUUAUUUUAAGAUCUACCCUUCCCUUUGUAGUGGAUACAUUGCAACUCAUGUAGAUACCUGACAAACCAAAACACCUACCUAGCCACCUAGCUGAACUGUGUGGACCAUCAUGUAACACCUGGGUCGGGACGCACCGCACACUUGGGGGGCGGGACGCACCUCAAUACCUGCUUUGUUAUUGUUUUAUUUCCAAAGGGGAUGCGGACAAAGACACGAGCGCUGAGCAGAAGAAUAAGAAGGGUGUUAAGAGACGCCGGGAGGAACAUGGAAGGGGCUACUUUGAGUUUAUUGAAGAAAGCAAGUACAGCCGGUAA